CCUUUCCCUCCCAUUUCUCCCCAGUCCCACUCCAUGGCAACCACCACAGCUCCCUCCAUGUACCCUGAGGAGGAGGCUGCACUCCGGACCCCUUUCCCUCUGACCCCACCUGCCCUGGGGGACGAGUUCUACCCCUUUGGGGGCGAGCGGCAACAGACUUUUGGGGGCGAUGUGGCUGCUGGGGACGGGGACCCUGAAGAGGCAGACUUGGGGGUGCUGCUGCAGAGGAAGGAGCAGGACCUGCUGCUGGCAGCUGAGCUGGGGAAGAUGCUCCUGGAACGCAAUGAGGAGCUGGAAAGGCGCUUUGAGGAACUAGCCAAGGAGCACAUGGAGACCAAAGAGCGCCUAGAGCAAGAGAAGCACGAGCUCCGCCUGCACCUUGAAUCCAGAACGGCUGAAUUUGAGACUCGCGUGGCUGAGCUGGAGACUGACCUGACUACAGUCCGAGCCCAGCUUGGGCAGAAGCGCAUGGAGCAGCAGGACACUAGCCGGGAGAGUUCGCAGGCCGUCCUGGACCUCUCGGAGCAGAACCAGCGCCUGGUGGAGCAGCUCAGUCAGGUCACACACCUGGAGCAGCGGCUGCACGAAGAACUGGGCUUGUUGCGCGGGGAGCAUCGGACCUUGUCCCUUGGCAGCGCUGAAAACGCGGCCCGGGCACAAAGCCUGCAGGCUGAGAACCUUAUGUUACAAGAGCGGAUGCGAGAUCUGGACAAGCAGACCCAUCAGCUGCGGGAGGAGAAUGAAUCGAUCCAGGCGCUGGUAGACACACUGCACAACAACCUCCUCCUCCUCCGUAACGAGAGCCGAGAGAAGGAGCUGCGGAUGCAGCAGGUUGAAGUGGAAGCUGAGGAGCUCCGGGCUUCCAACCGUCGCCUCCAGCACCAGGUCAAGGAGAUGAAGGAGGAGAUCCGCCUGCACGAUUUAGACACUUCCAUCACCUCCAUCCAGUCUGAGAUCGAAAGUAGCUUGGAGGAUGCUCCUGGAGCUCCCGGGAAGGCCCCUAAGCUGAUGGCCAAUGGCAUCUGCAAUGGCUCCUGUCCUACCCCCACAGCGGCAAAGAACCCCUCAAGGAGACUGGAAGAGGAAGGAAUUGACUAUGCCAAACGGGUGUCAGCCUUGAGUCACCAGGAGCAGGAUCUGCUGAGGCAGAAAGAAGCGGAGAUCAUGAAACUUCAGGAUCAGAUCACACUCCAGUAUGUAGAACUCUGCAAUUUAAAGACUGAGAUCGAGAGCCAGAGGUGCCUGUAUCAAGAGAGCAACCGGGACGAAGCACUGAAAUUAGCCAUAGUAGAUCGAGAUGAGGCUAUAAUAAAGAAAGGCGAGAUGGAGUUGGAGCUGGCAAAAGUCUCCCUGGAACGGGAUUCCAUGAGCCAGCAGCUAUUGCGUGUCAUUCGCCAGAAGAUGGCCCUUUCCCAGGAGCUGGAAGCUUGGCAAGAUGAUAUUCAGUAUAUCAUUCACCAGCAACUGCUGCAGAAGCACCAGGAAGAGACCCACCCCAUCACUUCGUCGCCUAGAAGCCCGGCGGAAGGCAAGAACCCUCCUUUCUAUCGCCGUGGCGCCAGCAUCCCAAACGGCACUGGCUUCUUCUCACUCUUCCGGAAAAGCUGAGGACCUGGACAGGGGGCAGAGGGAAAUAUAAACGCCAGAACUCAUUGAGGGCGGAAGUGGCAGCUGUCGAUGAGACCAAGGCUUGAGGUGGCCGGGGCUGAAAUGGCUUCUGGGCCUCUUAGCAGCUUGUCAGCUAACUCUAGGCCAAAGGAAUUUGUUCUGCGGUUCCAUUACGUUGUUCAUACUUGGUCCCCUGUUCACACUCUAUGCACACAGAGGAUACUCACACAUGUUGUAAUAGGAGCAGAGCCACACUGCCGGUCCCAAUAGCGCAGCGUUGAGUGCGGAGAUCUGUGAGUGUAAAGGAACCAGCAUGCAAGACACACAGGGGUCCAUGCUCCUUGCACGGAUCUUGUUAGCGGGGCUAGCCCGGAACAUGAUGUCAGGGGCGGGCCCAGGAGUUUUGUUUACAGGCAUCUGCACGCAAUGUGUGGAUAUCACAUGCAUAUGGCUAGCCUGGGGCCACGAUGUCAGGGGUAGGGUCAGGGGGUCCCUUUGUACUGGAGAUGUGCUUUACAGGUGAGAGAAAGGGAGAGAAAAAGACAGGGAGGUUGUAAUGUCCAUUGCAGUAGGGCAGAAAGCCCUAUGUAUUAGGAAGGAAGGAAG